AUGAAAGAGACAAUGAAAACAGACGUUCCGUUGUCAAAGCUGCCAAUAAAAAUUCGUAUUGCAUUGUGCUGCCUUGAUGGCUAUCGGAAAGGAACGGCACUUUAUGGACAGGAAUUCGAGAGAAACCCUUUUCUCUGUUCAAGACCGGCUGGUGUCUUCCAGAAAGGUGUCGAGCGCUAUGCCACAACAGUUAGGCAACUCGGAUAUCCGUUGGAAUUCGGGCGCGACCCGUACGGUGACCCUCGUCCAUUCGCUGUUCUCCCCGUCGAAUAUCCACAUGAAGGUCUACGUCUUAAGUCCAAUCUAAGAACUCUUCAUCAGAUGUGUAAUGUGUUCCUGAAUGGCUAUAUAGCGUCACGAUUCGAUUUCUAUGAUGGGAAGGAGUAUCGUAGAGUCCUCUCAAAGGUAUCAUCUGUUUUUUGCUGCAGUUUCCAAAAGUACCGCUCCGGACUACGAUUGGGCGCGACCCUCGCGCUAAAAAACACCUCCAUGGAGAGCGUUCCUCAGGAAAGACGCCGCUCAGAGUACAAUGGAAAUACUAUGGGACAAGUAAUGGAACACUGGAAGUUCCUUCUUCUCACUGGGCACCUAAUGCCGAACACACCACCACACACGAGCCGUAAACGUCGGCGGUUGACCAACAGUGUGCUUAUGACCAAAGACGGUUACGUACAAGUCGAUCAGAAUAGGGACCAAGCAGAUCGUGGACCGGUAUUUUGA